CUUCUUCCCAUUACUACAUGCGCUCCGUGCUCAACGUUCUCUUCAAGUCUUUCCGGUAAAGACACAGCGCCGAGUUUUCAUCAGUCGACAUUUAAUAUAUUCAAUCUGAAACACCACAAUAUACUCCCACGGAUCGCAAGCGACAUUCAUCACGAUGAUCGCAUGACCUGAACCGCGCGUCGUCGACUUCCACCUCCGAACCGAUUUUCCUCGAGCGGUGACCAUGUCGCAGCAGGAAUUGUGCAGAGUUACUGUGACGAGAACAUAAUCAAGGCAUGUCCAACAAUGGUCACAUCACUGCCCGCCAACUCUGGGGCCAGUUGACAACCUAUGACUCGGCCGUGCCGACUACGGCAUGGUGCACACCUCUCAUUCUACCCAGUGGAGGCGUACUUAUCUUCGGUGAUGACCAGACCACGACCUUACAAGCGAGAGUCACGUACAAACAACCUUGCGACGACCCGCAGUCUAUACUCAGCCCAGACACCACCGGCAAUUCAUCUGUGAUUGGCUUUCAAGACCCUUUCUAUGCCUCAAUUUCACCACAAGUCUUCGCCCUUGCUACUGCCACCGUCAUCAGCUAUGUUCUUGUCAUUCUCAUCUUCAUCACACCACGAACCUUUUACGGGGGAGGAACGAGUGGCGGGUCUGGGUUUCUGGGCCGUCGAGGAGCGAUAACAGGAUCGUAUGGAUCUUCUCCAGUGGUGGGCGUUGGACGGCGCCCUCUAUUGCAGAAGAUUGCGGCCAUCACAGUGGCCAUAUCCCUUACAAUCGCCACAGCCGACACCUUUCGUGUCGCCGAAAACCAGUACAACCAGGGGUAUAUGGAUUCGAGCCAAUUGGUGGACGAUGUCGUCGACAGUCUCGAGGUCCGCAUCAUCCGCAUCAUAUCUGACACAUUUCUGUGGUUGGCGCAAGUACAGACACUCAUUCGACUGUUUCCACGGCACAAGGAGAAGGUAGUCAUCAAAUGGCUUGGGUUUGUCAUGGUGUCACUCGAUACCAUCUUCAGCAUACUGGACUCUUUUAUCAGUGGUCCCAAAACGAGACCACGCAAGUUCCAAGACGCCAUUCCCGCCUUGAAUUACUUGUUCGAGCUGGCAAUCUCCUUGAUCUAUGCGUCAUGUGUCAUUUACUAUUGUUUGUCGAAACGACGCUUUGCAUUCUGGCAUGCCAAGAUGAAGAACAUUUGUCUGGUUGCUGUGCUGGCCCUUAUGUCUGUUCUUAUUCCGGUGGUGUUCUUUGUGUUGGAUAUUUCCCAGCCAAAUCUGGCAGGAUGGGGCGAGUACAUUCGAUGGGUUGGGGCUGCGGCAGCCAGCGUGGUCGUUUGGGAAUGGGUGGAAAGGAUUGAAUCAUUGGAACGAGACGAGAAAAAGGACGGGAUCCUCGGACGCGAAAUCUUCGACGGCGAUGAAAUGCUCAAUAUGACGCCCUCAGAAGAUGCAAGCUGGCGUGGCCGGGGCUCCAAUCACGGCCAGAAUGGUGAUCAAGAGAAAUCUUUUGGAGUCACCGUUGUCUCACGAUACAAGCGCUUUCGAAACCAUUUACCCUUGCGAAAACGUCGCCGGAUAGCUCCACCUGAUGGCAUCAGCACAGGAGAAGAUGCGAUGCAUGCUGGCCGUCAUGUCGCAACCAAUUCACAGAUGGUGCAACCGGAGCAAUUCAUCACCCCUCCAAGUCGAAGUGAUACUGGGAGUGCAGCCAGUACGGUCUACGCCAUCCGCUAUCAGAAUCUGACUAGCCCAUCACCCACCUUACAGCAUGGCGGGCAAGAUCAACCUGGCCGCUUACAAGUAGCUGAUGCCGCUAGAGUCGAGUCCCAUCAGUCUGACACGAUGACAACUACUUCGGACGCCGACAAGGAAUUUGUAUUGGAGGCAGUUCCGCGGAAGGAGGCGCCUUCCGCUCGCCAUAUCUGGCAAGGGGUGCCAAAUCCUUUCAAGCGACGAAGAGCCGAACCUCCCGCUGAGGUGGCCGACGCACAAAAUGCCAGUGGGAUGCGAAGCUCGCCAAUCGAUCGAACCUUGAAAUUGCGGACCAGGCUCGAAAUGUUCGCGUCGUCUCAGAAAGAUCGGUUUGGCAACCGAGGAAGCGUGCCCGCUGGAGCUUUGCCCAUGACCGUGAUCCCAGCACCAAAAGGCAGCGACCGAACAUGGUCUCCCGAUGAUUUGGCUGAUGAGACACCUGACCACGGGGCUGUCCAAGCGGAUAUCACGGAGACUUCGGCUGAUUCGUUGGAAGAGGAAGCUCGCCCGCAGAAUGCUCAGCGCGUUGUCUUCGUACAGGCUCCCCACCCAGGUCGGACUCGGUCCCCAGACGUAUUGCCAGACCAUGAACCCGGUCAACUCGCAAGUCGCCCUGUCUCAGCAUCCGAGCGGCAACGGGUAAGCAUCCCCAGCCUCGGCAUUCCGACAGGAGGCCAAGCUGUUGCAAGACAUCAGCCAACGUCAGCUCCAUCAGACAUCAGCCCUAAUCAAAUUUCGAGCAGCAUCAACUCCACCGUCCCACGAUCUACGGGGUUCGUACCUUCGUCCGCGAUUGAGCCCAUUGCGGAAGUCACUAGCGAGGUGGGGAAUGGUGAGGCUGAACAUGGCAAAGAACAGGGGUCUUCAGAGGGAGCCUCGGGUGCUCAACACUCGCAAGAAGGACCCCAAGAUGCCAAUACAGUGCAUCCACAGGUUGCCGCAACCACAGCCGUGCCAGAAACCUCUCUGGAAAGACCACCUUUGGCUCCGGCAGGAUCGGACGGCGGCGAUGAGAGGAACACUGGAGGAACGUGACCUGAGUAAGCAGUGACCAUGAAAUCCUUGACUUUAGCGACUUAUCAUGUUUUACGUGGAAUUGAAUGAAAGAAUAUACAUACGAUUGAACACCA